UCUUCCUCUAUAAGCGUCUGGAGUGUAAAGUGAGGCAUCAUGGGAGCAUUUGGCAGAGCGCUGCUCAUCAUCGUCUUAUUUUAUUUCUGUAUAUAUUUUGGAGAAUCGUACAUGUGCAUACCACUUCAAUUCCUGAAAUCAUCAUGUCCUCAGCCUUCGUCCAAUUCAAGCAAUUGCACCAGUGUGUUAGUGAGCUUGAAUACCACUUCCACCACAGUGGAGGAGGGCGCAGACGUGAUUGUGACCUGCCUUCAUAUCUUCCCCAAAGGCAUUAAUAAUUCCUUCAGCUGGCAUCUGGACCCGAGUUUAACUACAGAUAUUCAAAAUGAAACUUUGACUAUCAAGAGCAUAUUAAAAACAGUGGAAGUCAACUGUACAGUUAGCAACAUUUGUGGAAACUUCUCUGCUAUUUUAAAAAUUACAGUAAAUGCUAGUAAUGCUAUGGUGAUUAUAUUGAUUUGUGUCGGAGCAGCUGCUGGUCUUAUUCUCAUGUUUGCGAUAGCCAUGAAGAUCAGCCUCCAGAGAGGACAAGUUCAGAGUCAGGCCAGGAUGAGAAAAAGACAACGAAAUUUAGAGAACAUCCACAGUAAUGUAACCACCAUCUCCGGCUACUAACGAGAGUGAGUGUUCGUACCACUGAAAGCCCUCAGUUUAUGUAGAAUUACUUGCUUUUAUCCAAAAUGACUCACACAAUGAGGAACAUCACAAUACAAACACCAGCGAUAUUUGAAGAACCACCACAGAAGAACAGAGAAAGUGGAUGAUCUGGAAAGCGACUUCAGGGGUGACCCAUUAUCUUGACGUUGGGCAUAGUGUUACAGUAAAUAAUGCUGACAUGCGUGUUCUGCAUCAUAUUUUUACUGGCACUAUGGUUUUGUAUGUCUUGUAUUCAUGUAUAUUAAAUACAUUGUAUGUUUGUCUUAUUCAGGCUGUUCAUUUAAUGCAUUAAUUCAGUGAUUAACUAUUUAAAAAAAGAACUCAAUCAUGUCCCCUGACCGUACGUAAAUUCCAUAACAAGGAAUUUUCAUAACAAUGGAGCAAUUCAUGUCGCAGUCAGCAGGGGACAGUCAGCACAACUCCAUCUGUACAGGCAACAAACUGACAGCUGUUCAAAGACGACUCUGAAUGCAUUUCAUUUGAAAAUCUGCAUUCCUGAAAUUCCAGAAUCCUGAAAAUCUAUUAUUUAUGGCUGGAGAUGUUUAAAAAAAACAGUGAAACACAAAGCAACCACAGUUGGACGCGCCAAAUGGGUCCAUCCGACCAGGGUCGCAACUACACAUUUCCAAGUGUGUAUGCAAAACUACAUUUAAUGUAUCUGUCA